AUGUCACGUAGUGGAACAGCAGGUUAUGAUAUGAGUAUUAUUUUCUCACCACAAGGAAAAUUAUACCAAAUUGAAUAUGCAUUCAAAGCAAUUAAAACUGGUGGUUUAACAUCAGUUGGAAUUCGUGGUAAAGAUUGCGUUGUUGUAGCAACUCAAAAGAAAAUCCCAGACAAGUUAAUUGACCCAAAAUCUGUCACAUCACUCUAUAAAUUAACAGAUUAUAUUGGUUGUGUUCAAACUGGUAUUGUUCCGGAUUCAAAAUCACAAGCAAGUAGAGCAAUUCAAGAAUGUGCAACAUUCCAUCAUAAAUUUGGUUACCAAAUUCCACCAAACGUUUUAGCAAAGAGAAUGGCUGAUAUUGCUCAACUUUCAACACAACACGCUUCAGCACGUCCAUUAGGUGUUGCUAUGAUUCUUAUUGGUAUUGAUGAUGAAUUAGGUCCACAACUUUUCAAAGUAGAUCCAGCUGGUGUUUUUACAGGUUAUAAAGCAACUGCUGCUGGUGAAAAAGAACAAGAAUCAACAAAUUUCCUCGAGAAAAAGUUUAAAUCUAAUCCACAAUUAUCAAAAGAUGAAACCAUUCAAGUAAGUUUAAUAGUAAUGGCAAUUUCAACAUUACAAAGUGUACUUGGAGCAGAUCUUAAAUCAUCAGAUUUAGAGAUUGGUAUUUGUACAAUGGAUAAUAGAAAGUUUGUUAUUAUGACUGAUGAAGAUAUUGAUAGUCAAUUAACUAAAUUAGCUGAAAGAGAUUAA